AUGGGGCAUCUCAUUGAUGUCUAUGGGGAAAUAGGCACUAAGAAGCUUGGGAUCUGUCGCAAUGCCCGUGUUUGUGAUGUUGUGGUCGGAACAGAGUGGAGAUUCCGAAGCACUCGUGACCGCACUCUCCAGGCCAUCGUUUCACAGGUUAGGAGUUUUCCGGUCACUAUUACACCGGAUGAAGAAGAUGAAGUAAUGUGGAAGCAUGGUCAGGACGAUUUCAGGGAUAGUUUCUCAUCAAACAAAACUUGGAGUUUGAUCUGGCAUCGUGUGAUCUGGUUCCCAAGGAGAGUUCCCAGGUUUGCGUUUUUUGCUUGGCUAGCAAUAAAAGACAGGCUUUCUAAAGGGGCUCGUAUGCGUAAUUGGGGGCUGACGCAGCCUUGUUUAUUCUGUGGAGAACAUGUGGAGACUCGAGAUCAUCUAUAUUUUGCAUGUCCUUACACAUAUACAGUUUGGAUAGAAGUCGUUGGUAACCUGUUUGGAGAUGCACCUGACCCAGACUGGGAAACUACUUUGGAGAGAAUCACAACGCGAGCAACUGAUCUUUUAUCAGCCAUUCUCUUGCGUCUGGCCUUCCAAGUAGCUAUCUACUACUUCUGGAUUGAAAGGAACAAUAGAAGGCAUAACCACACAACGAAACCUGCAAGCCAACUUUGUAGAGAGAUUGACAAAACAAUCCGUAACAGGAUCUUUUCUACCAAGUAUUAUGAGUCUCAGAAGCUGUACUGUAUUAUGCAAUGUUCUUCACCCGGGGUGCGAUUAUCGAUUGAUUACUUUAGAUUAUAUUGCUAUUAG